GGAGAGUCGCGGCUGGAGGGAGGGACGCCUGGCUUCCCGGGGCGGCGGGCGGAGCCGGUCACCCAUGGGGUCGGGGAGGAGGAUCGGCGCGGCCGCUGGGUCGCUGUCAGGACCAGGGUCGGCACCAGUGACGCUCUGUGCCCGCCCCUCGCCCUGUGCCCCUCGUUCCCGUCGCCGCUGUCAGGCCCCGCGAGUUUCCGCCGCUGUCACUCGCGCACAGGUUACGCCAAUGGCUCCUUUCUCUUCACUUGCCCCAGUUCACGAGAAACCUGUUUUCUGACCUCACUUCCCCCGCUCCUGCUCUGCCUCUUUCGGAUUCUCUGAAAUAGGACUCUGGAGGGGCACUGUGACUAGAAGGGAAGGAGCAACCUUACUCCAGAGCAGGCGCCGGCCCCGGCCCCGCCCACGCCCCACCCGGGACGGAGGGCAGGGUUCUCUGACCGCGUCGCUCGUCCCCGUGCCCUUGGGCUGCUCUUUUCGAUCAUUCUUUCUCUGUCCAGCAGCUCUGGCUGCAGAAACUUCCUUCAGCAAGUGCCUUGCCCCCGAGAUGUGUGAGGAAAGGGGCAAAAUGAAAGCCCUAAACCCAGACUCCAGCAGGCCCGGGAUCAUCCUGGAGCCGGCAGAAACCUGGUUAGGGCUGCCACCUUCACCACCACGCUGGCUCUGAGAAAGUGAACAUCUAAGGAAAUGCAGUCUAAGGGUAACAAUUUGGGUUUGUAGCAAAAAUGCUUUCAGAACAGACAGCAGCCCUGGGGACAGGAUGGGAGUCAAUGAAUGUCCAGCUGGAUGGAGCAGAGCCCCGGGUGGAAAGGGGAAGCCAGGAAGAGGGGCCACGGAGAACAACACCAGGGCCACUGGAGCACCUAUGCUGCGACCUUGAAGAGGAGCCACAGCCCCUUCAGGAGAAAGCUCAGUCAGCUCCCUGGGUUCCUGCCAUUACCCAGGAGGGGAGCACUGGAGAUUGGGAGAUGGCAGCUGCUCUUCUCGCAGCCGGAUCACAGGGCCUGGUAACAAUCAAGGAUGUGUCCCUGUGCUUCUCUCAGGAGGAAUGGCGGAGCCUGGACCCUUCUCAGACAGACUUUUAUGGAGAAUAUGUCAUGCAGGAAAACUGUGGAAUAGUGGUCUCUCUAAGAUUUCCAAUUCCCAAAUUGGACAUGCUUUCUCAACUAGAAGGAGGGGAAGAACAAUGGGUCCCUGACCCCCAGGACUUAGAAGAGAGGGACAUCCUGAGAGUCACAUAUACAGGAGAUGGAAGUGAGCACGAGGGAGAUACCCCUGAACUAGAAGCAGAACCUCCCAGAAUGUUGUCUAGUGUGUCUGAAGAUACUGUUCUCUGGAACCCAGAACAGGAUGAGAGCUGGGAUUCCAUGCCCAGGAGUUCCAGAGGAAUGCUUCUGGCCCCACCUUUUCUUCAGGAAGAUAGCUUCUCAAACCUAUGUAGCACAGAGAUGGAUUCCCUGUUAAGACCACACACAUGCCCCCAGUGUGGGAAACAGUUUGUGUGGGGCUCCCACCUUGCCAGGCACCAGCAAACACACACUGGGGAAAGGCCCUACAGCUGCCUCAAGUGUGAGAAGAGCUUUGGGCGAAGACAUCACCUGAUCCGGCACCAGAAAACCCACCUACAUGACAAGCCCAGCAGAUGCUCUGAGUGCGGUAAGAAUUUCCGAUGCAACUCCCACUUGGCCAGCCACCAGAGAGUGCACGUGGAAGGCAAGUCCUGCAAGGGCCAAGAGGUUGGAGAGAGCCCUGGGGUUCGGAAACGGCAGCGUGCUCCACCAGUACCAAAGUGCCAUGUGUGCACUGAGUGUGGGAAGAGCUUUGGCCGACGGCACCACCUGGUGAGACACUGGCUGACCCAUACUGGGGAAAAGCCCUUCCAGUGCCCUCGCUGUGAGAAGAGCUUUGGCCGCAAACAUCACCUGGACAGGCACCUGCUGACCCACCAGGGACAAAGUGCCCGGAGCAGCUGGGACAGAGGGACAUCUGUCUUUUGAAAUUUGUUUCUGCUGCAACUAUGGUCACAUCUUUCAGCUGGUGCUACCAGGCAUCUCUGCCAGAGCUGCCCUUCUCCUGUACCCCAGUGGCCAGAAUCAUGAGCCCUAGAAAGAUGAGAUUCCAGCAUUGGUCAGACAUUUCUCACCAGUUCUGUGAGAUACCACAUAAAAGUUCUGUGGGCAAAACUUUUGGGAAACAGUGCUUCUAUAUGGGCUGAUAUUCAGCCUGAGCCCAUUCUCAAGGGUACAGUGGUGCCAGCAGUUUAUGGCUGAGUUCUGGUACGAUUGGGUGGUGCCCAUGCUGUACCAAUUGUUAAAUAUUUUGAGUAUCACCCUUGUAUACUGUAACUAUUAUAUUCUUUCUAUAUGUAUAUAGAGAGAGACCAUAUAAGCAUAUUAAAGGCUCUGAAAACUUUUGCAGUAGAGCAAAUUGUUAAGCCCCUUUAAAUGCAGUGUUUCCUAAAUUUAUUUGACCUUAAUAUUCUUUCUAUCUUGUAUUGCACAGAACUGGUGAUUCCAUGAAACAUACUCUGGUGAACCACUGGGCUAGAGAGUAAUGAGGAAACAAGAAAGAGAUAAUGAUUAGGCACCCAGAGCCCCCCCUUUUUAACCAAAUGAAAGCUGAGGGACAGACCUCAUUCCUGUGUGGGUCCAUCAUUCUUACCCUGCUCAGCUGAAUAUACAUCCACAUCUCUACUCCCACCUGCUGAAAAAUAGAAACAAUAAUCUUUUCACCCCCUUAUUCCUUCUCCCUUCAUCCUGCACAUAUAUAUAUCCAGCUGAGAGAUCACACCAGAAAGCUAAAAGAUGGUCCUUAUAUCCCCAAGUAACCUAGGCCCACACAGAAGAAAAAAAAAAGUUGAUCCCCCUGAACAGAUCCCCCUCUCUUGACUGUCUUUGUGUGUCUAUGUGUAUGUGUGUGCAGGGUCCUUGAAGAGAGCAUGCAAAGUGCAAACUGUACAAGAUAGAUUUUCUAGGAGCUGCGUUCUGGGGAUGAGGGUAGUGGGGUUUUUUGUUUGAUUUGUCAAGAUAGGAAGUAAGCUGAACAAUUAAGGAGGCCCUACUGGAAAGGGUUAAGUGAUGGGUUAAGUUGUGGGAGUAGAGAUAUAAUGCCUUCCCCAGUAUCACUGAAAUCAAGACAGCUGUGAAAGUCUAGGUCUGAAUUUCUGGGCCACUGAUUCUUUGUGCCUGGGAGGAGACAGAGACAUUGUCAGUGAAGUGAGCUGUUUCUUGUUGAUUUCAAACAAAUCAGCGUUUCAAAUAGAAGCUUUCUGUUGAAUGGGUAUUUGUCUUAAGUGCUGGGAAGUUAGGGCAGGAAUCAGUGUUUGCAAGUUGUUGUCAUCACUCUGAUUUGACCUUAAUUGCUUCAUUAGGGGGCAGAGUUGUUCUUGAAAAUCUCAUUCUCCCAGAAACAGAGCUUUAGGGGAAAUGGCUAUGGUUUAGUUUUUCAGCUGAUGUAGUGUAAUGAGCUUUCUGGUUAGUUUUCCUCCCAGUUCUGGGAAAGUGUACACACUAUGACUCUUAACUCCAGGACUUGCAUAAGUAUUCUAGCAUCUGUUAGUUGAUGAGUUUGGUCAAUGUUUCUCUUUAUUGAUGAUGUGUUAAUACUAAUCUUAUAAUUUAAGAUUUAUCUUGUAUGUAAGAGCAGUUUGGGGUUAGGGAGGGAGAGGAACACAGAGGAUAAAGGUGGUGUAGUUUCUCUUUAAUGCUUAAAUUCUGGUUUUUCCUUAACACAUGUAUUUCUCAACUACAAUUGGAGGAAUUAACCAGAGAGGCAAGAGGACGUGAGUCGCAAUGGUCUAGUGUAAUGACUGUUCAUUUGCUUAGGUAAAACUGGGGGACUCACAGCUCCUCAAACUCCUGGACCCAAUUGAAGCUGAAAGUGGGUCAUUUUGUUGACUGGGCUUCUAAAGUCAUUAUGACUUGAGCAAUCCAGCCCCGACCUCCCUUCAGAGAAGCCUUCCUUCUUUGGAAUGCACUUCUCUUGCUUACAUUCCUAUGAAUAGAGCAAAAUGGCUAGUCGGUUGUAAGGUGGCUUUGUCCUAAGUCCCUAGAGACAGGAGCAUUUUAGGAUUGGUAUUAGGAGAUGCCCCAGGGAACAGGACUGUAUUAGAUUCCAGUGGUAAAACUAUACUGUGCCAUUUCUUUUGCCCCCCCCCCCCCCCCGCCCACUAUGCCUCAUUGAUUAAUGUGAUCAGUUCUAUAUAAGCAGUGGUUCAGAACCUGUUUGAGUGACAGACCAUUUUGAGAAUCUGAUAAAACAAACUUACUUUUGAGAAAAACAGACAUUAGAAAUUUACUUACUUUUGCAUAUACUUUUAGCAGGUUCAGAGCGUAUCCAUGGAAUCACUAAACUGUCAAAGAAAGGGAGGUACUUGACCCAGUAUAGUUGUGAUAUAUUUGUUCAAGAAUUGCUUAGGCAAGGAUCACUCAGUAUUUUAAGGACUAAGACACCAGAGGCAGGGUAUAAGGAUAGAGUCUGGUCUUUAAUGACUAGAAGGAUAUUGCUUACAUUCUGUGUUUUUUAAGAAAAGGACAUGACAUGUUGACACAUCCAGCUACUCACAAACUUGUUUUAAAGACCUGUGGGAGGUGUUUAAAGAUCCCAUGCUAUCAGAUCACACCUCUUAAUAACCAGAUUGAUCUGUGUUAGUGAUUGUUAAUGUUAGAAAGUGAAGCCUGCAAAGUGUAGGUGCAGUCAUAGCACCCAACUGAAAGGUAUCGUGGAGUCUAAGGGCCUUCUGCAGAAGGAACAACUCAUUAGGGCAUGUCUGGUAUACUACUGUCUUCUCUACCUCAGUCCAACACCACUUCCCUUGGACAAAAAAUAAAAUAACAGCCAUCAGAUGGGUGAAUAGAUCUGAAUGAUUUUUCCCAUAGGAAAUCAGCUUCAAACUCCAUCUUCUUUCCAACAUCCUCUGCCAUAUAUCUACCCUAUCCCUUUAAAUGAAAAAUGUCUCUGUGUCCUCUCUAGGCAAAAUGUAAAAUAGGGAAGUUCAGAGACCUGUCACUUUUUUCCCUCUUUUGUACCUCUCCUAUUCAGGGCUCAAGUAUCCUCCUGUUUCUACCCCAUCAAUGUAUCUGGAAAGAAUCCUUUACACUGGAGAUUGUAACCCAAAGUGUUAGCUUUUCCAGAGCUACUUACAUUUUAAGCCUUAGCUCUGAUAGUAGAAAUGCAAAGAAAAGCUUUUCCUUGUUAAAAUGAUGUUAUUCCUUCAGGGAGCUAAAAGGCUAAUAAUUUGGGACAAAAACAUUCCCUUUCUAGCACUCCUGCAACCAAACCACGGUUUCCUAUUUUCAUCAAGGGCAAGGUGAGCCCUGACUCAAAACCAGAGCUGCCACUUUCUUUCCCUUUUUCUUCAGAUGGGUGCACUGGACGGGAUAGUGCGGCUGGGCAAUAACAGAAAAGUGGAAUCUAUUCCCUUAGACUCCUUUGAGAUCCUGAGCUGGCACAAUCUUCUAUUUCCUAGAGUGCUGUAUUGUGCUGUAGGUCUGAAAAUGUGGCAUUGAUAUCACCUGUGAACUUGUUUUAGAAAUGAAAAUUCCCGGUCUCCAUCCCAGACAAACUGAAUCAGAAACUGGGCGUAGAGCCCAACAGUCUUUAAAGAUGCCCCCAGGAUGUCUAAUGUGUGCUAAACCUUGAGAACCACUGGCUAGGAGAUUCAAAUUCCAUUUUACUCAGUGGUACCUCAUACUCUUCAAAUGGAGAGAGGAGGGAUCUUCACACCCCUGUUGUCAGAUUUAUUUUCUGCAACCUCUCCAGGCUAGUUGCUCCUCGGUUCUAUUUCUUCUUCUGAGUCCCAAGGCCUUCCCCCACUCUUAAAUCAGUGGUUACUGGGUUCGUCAACAGUUUCAGAAACUAGUGGGGCAACUAACUACCAAGCUGCUGUGGUUGGUUGGGGCUGGGCUUCUAAAAUGAGCACUGAAGAUUCAUAACAAAAAAAGGAGUGGACACCUCAAAGAAGGGAAAUCCAAUAUAAAACUGAAACAAUGACAUUCAGGGAAAUGGUCUUCCUUUGCUAGUUACCUGGUCCUAUUCCAGAACUAGUACGUUGCCCAGAGGCAGGCGAGGUGGGGAUUCAGCACAGGAGCAAGGCUAGCUGUCCAACCCAAGUUUUCCAACCUCACAAUUGCCCUGGAGACCAAUGUGCCACGCAAGGGAUUUUUAAGCCGGACCUGGCCAGCUUCUCUCCUAGGCACAGCAACAAGAACAGUCUGAACUGACAGAUCAGCAGCCCUUCUGGGGAGCUCCCAGGUCAAACGUUUAGAGUGAAUCUAAGUGUGUUUGGGGAGGUGAUCAGCCGUUCCCCAGGUGGAGAAGCCUGGAUAUGCUUUUCUUCAACUCCAGGCCUCAGGCUCCUGCCCUCUUUCAUUUUCCAGUCACCACCUCCAUUUUCCCGGUAAGUGGAGUAUCCCUCCACUGCUCACUCCUUCUUUUUCAAUUUGUUUAAUUUGGUUUGGUAUUUUGUUUUACCUGGGGAAUGCCACACCUUCCCCAGGGUUUUUGUUCUUCACAAUCCCUAUCCUUCUUCCACCAUAGUUUCUGUCUUUGAGCUUCUGGCCCGUUCCAUCCCAUCAUGAGCUUACUCACUACCUGUUCUGUGCCUAUUGUCCAGUUUCUUUUCUGUCAGCUUGAAGCCUGCUACACAGGUCCACUGUCACACUUCCCACUUCUUCCAUCAGACUUUUGGCUUGGCUAUGCAGUCAGCAGCUAUCUCACCACUACUUCUCUCUCCCUCAUACAACCUCUUCACCUCCAAACUUAAUCCAAGCCCUUCACUCCAUUCCCUACAGACUUCUUCUCUUGAUGUGGUUUUCUACUUUCUAUUUUGAUUUAUUCAUCCCCUCAUGUCUCUUGUGGGUUCCAAGAAUCAGUCUCAAUUCUACAAGCCAUUUUUUUGUAUGCUUACUAUGCGUCAGGCAUUAGCUGUUCCAGGCUUGGGAGAUCAUGUGUGACUGUGGUUCCUGUUCUUAGCAUGUUGCUCAGCCAAGCCCUUCCCUGGCACCACUUUCCUGCCACACCUAACACUGCACACCAAAGCGCCCUCUUUCUGGGUGCUUUUGGGGUAUAUGCCCACUUGCCAUCCAGCCCCAUUGCUCCAUGCCUUCCAGAUUUCUAGCUGUUGUCUGACUUGGUUCCCUCUGAUGGACUGUGAAUUUCCUGUGGAUUACCCAACAGGGGAUCUUCGUCUGUAUGCUUAGGGAUCUAUAAUACCCUUUUUAUGGUCCCUGUCAGUUGAAUAAAGAAUAUAUUGGCUGUGUGAUGUCCUCUCAGCCCUAUGCUCUCCUCUACUCUUCCUCCAUUCUUAGCUUUUCUCUCCUAAAAAAGGGCUGCAACAUAGUUGGAGACACCACACAGCCUUGUGGGGGAGUCAUGCAGUCAUGUACAAGUCUCCUCACUGCCCUUCUAAAACAUAACCUCAAAAUGCCACAAAUUAAGCUUCCCUGCCUCCUGGUGUCCUGGCUCCCAGAUGUCCAUUCCUAGUCAGCCAGGAACUCAACGCAACCUUCCCCCACCCACUAAGCAGGGCCAGGCCUAGGGUUAGAUGAGUGAGGGCCUAGAGCAUGAAUAUAUUUGGAGGCAUCUGUCUGGGGGUGGUUGAAGUACCUACGUUGCUCUUGGGAGAACAUUAUUGUGCUGAGCCCAGGCUGGAGCCCAGGGUGAUAGUGGUGACUAUUAAUUGAACACCUAGGCAAAUUCACAAUAAUUGGAGAUAAUUGGGGAGCUUUGAGGGAGCCAGAGAAAGUGUUUACAGAUGGGAGGGACUGCCAGCCUUUGACCCACUGACAUGGCCUCCUACCCCUAAAGCUUUGCUGGGGUCUGGAGAGGGAACUGCUUUGCAGGCACUGAUUGAAAGCCAAAUGCUUUGCUCUUCCUCCAUGGGAGUUCCCUUAAAGAGCUUUGAGCCUACUACUUUAGGGGACAAUCUGCCUCUGCACCUUUCCAAACACAAGUCAGGCUGUUUUGUCACUUGCUUCCAUGCUUCACAUGUUUCCCUAUUUUCUUGCACUCUAUCUUCCCAUCAGCCAUUUGUAGUAGUACUUUAGAUAAGUCUGAUCUUUCCCUUAACCAAAACGGGGAAGAGGGAAGUAAGGAAAGAGGGAGGAGAUACACAGCUGUGACUCUUCAUGAGACCCCUGUCUCUCAGCCAGCUCCAGUGGACUACUGCAAUCCUGAUUUCCUUCUUACUCUCCUCGCAGUGUCUUUCCCAACCUCAUCCAAGGCCUCAUGCUGACAACCCCCACCCCAAACUUCAUUUUCUCUCUUCCAAAUCCUUUGGCUUUUUUUCUUUUUUGAAGUUCUUUCCUGACAAGGUGCCCCUGUAUUAACUUCCCAACCUGUUUUCCUGUCCUUGCUAGGCACUCCAACCCAACCACACAGUCCUGUCAUCUUAGAGCUCCCUAGAGGAGGAGAAGGAGGAACAGGAGAGAUCUGUUCCUUUGAGACCACUGACAAAUGGAGAUGUUUGCAUUUUCUGAAACUAUACUCCCCACAAUGUGAGAAUAUCUUUCCCCACAAGAAAUCACUAAAUCAUUAAAAUACUCAGUAUAAACUUCUAGCCUUUAUGUAAAAAAGAUGUCUCAUAGAGUAAUGAGUAAGGCCCCAUUCAACAUUUGUAACUAGUAAAGAGAGCACUGGAUUUGCAAUUAAAAGUCAAUUUCUAAAAUUGUACCUUUUCAGAAAGUAGGUUUUUCACUUAAGAUCUAAGGGGCUGAGGUGAAGGUGAAAUUAAAUAAUGCAUGCAAAAGUACAAACCACCUUAUAAAUGAAAAAUCUAAAAUUGACAAGUACUUGGAAAUUUCUACCUUAUUCUUGUACAAGUUACAAUUUACAUGAUUCUUACAAUAUAAAAAAGAUAUGGUAAAGAGGCUCAUUUCUGUGUAUGUUCUACAGUUCCCAUCACCUUUCUUCGCAAUAGAGAACCACCAAAGUUUUUUUGUGUAUAUCCUUCUAGAGUUCCUUUAUUUUACACAAAAGAUAGUAAGGUAUACUUAUAUACUCUUGAGUUUUGUUUUUGUUUUUUUCAUUUAAUGUAUCUUGGGGAGUUUGUCAAUAACAAUAUACAAUCUCCCUUUUUACAGCUUCAUUCUAUUUCACUGUAAGGAAGUUUCACAGUUUGAUUCCUUAGUGAUAAUUAGAUUAUUUCAUUUUUUUUUUUUGUUACUGUAAUACUGCACUAAAUACCUUGGACAUAAGUUUUUCACAAGUGCAUUAAUAUCUAAAAGAUAAAUUCCUAAAAGUGGUUCUGCUGGGUCAAAGGAUAUUUGCAUUUGUAAUUCUGAAAGCCAGAUUCCAAACAUGGGGCAUGGACAUACACUUUCAGUAGCGUUGUAUGUGAGUGCCUGUUUCCCCUCUGCCUCACCAGUGGAGUAAGUUCUUAAAAUAUUUUGGAUUAAAAAUGCUAUUUUUAGUGUA